GUCGGGCGGGGUUUGUCAACAGUGCCGAAAGCGUGGCAAGGCUGCGCUUUCUUGAAGGGGUAAGCAGCGGGCGCGCACACACAACUUCUGGUAUCGCAUUGUCCAAAAAUCCACGAUCACUUCCUGUGCUACUGCAGGUCGGUCGCCUGCCGUGAUAGCUAUGGAACCCGUCACCAUAGUUGGCCUGGUCUCGGGCAUUAUCACGUUCAUCGACUUCGGCAUCAAGGUUGCCCAGGCGGCGACGUUGGCUCGACAGGCGGCCCAUGUUGUCAUCCCGGAGCUGAGCGAGCUAGAACAUAUCCUCGACGACAUCCAGCGCCACAAUAACCAAGUCUCUAACGACCCAUCAGUCUCCGAGCAAUGGAAGAAUCUGCGGCCGCUUGUUUCCGAAUCAGAGAAGCUGCACGAGGAGCUGCGUGCGAUUCUGCUGAAGUUGAAAAUGCCCGAAGGGACCAGGUUCAAGAGCCUGGAAGCGGCGCGGAUCAUGCUGACGGCACAGCUCAAGAAAGGGGAUAUUGACAAGCUGAGGGGUCGUCUGGAGUCCCUGGACAGCCGCAUAAGGCGGAACGUCAGCACCAUGCUGCAAGUAGACCAGCAGUCAGCCGUGGUCAAAGAGCUCAAGUCUCUCAGGGAGAUGCAUCAGAAUUACAACAUCAACACGGAGUUCAAACUCGAUCAGAUCCGGCAAGACAUACACGUAAUGGCAACAAACAAGGAAGUGGAGCUGGCGGCUCUCAAAGAGAGGCUGGAAUGCCUCGACGCAGAAAGAAAAGUGAGCAAGCAGCAGACAGAGGUUCUAGAGAGCCUAUUCUUCCAGGAUCUGCACCGUCGAUUCUAUCGCAUACCUGAAUCGGACAAGUACACCAGCGAGUGGCUCUUUAACCGAGGGAAAACAUCCUUCGGGGACUGGCUAGAGUUCGGAAGAGGAAUUUUCUGGAUAACUGGCAAGGCCGGCAGUGGGAAGUCGACACUUAUGAAGUUUGCCUCCCAGCACGCGUCCACUCAGAGCCCGCUGCGACGAUGGGCAGGUCCGGCAAAGCUCUGCACUGCAUCCUACUACUUUUGGAACCAGGGCUUCAACCUGCAAAAGUCCCGAGUGGGCCUCCUACGAACCCUCAUCUUCGAGAUCCUCCGAAGCUCGCCCAGCAUCAUCCCGCAGGUCGCAAAGGGGCGCAGCAGGUUCGACAGUUGGGAGAGAGCCGAGCUCGAAUCGACACUGCGGCUCAUCGCAGAGCAGGACCAGCUCCCAAUGAGAUUCUGCUUCUUCAUAGACGGGCUUGACGAGUACGACGGCAUGGAGGAGGACGUGGUCGAGGUACUGACGUUUCUCGCGGCGACGGCCCACAUCAAGCUGUGCGUGUCGACGCGGCCCCGGAGCGUCUUUGACCGCGUCUUCAACCUGCCGGCCAACGCCCUAGUCCUCCACAAUUACACCAUGGACGGCAUCCGGAGUCAUAUUUCCAAGACGCUGCUGGAAAACGACAUGUUUGACAAGUUGGAGCCCGAAAGUCGUGAAGGCAUCAUCAAAAAGAUCGCCCAGCAGGCCCAAGGGGUCUGGCUCUGGGUGUACCUUGUCAUCCGGGACAUACGUUUGGCCGUCAACCGCAACGAGCCGGUCGAGAAACUGGAGCAAAUCGUUUCCAACCUGCCGGUUGACUUGGAGGCUUAUUUUGAGCGCAGUAUCCAGAGAAUUCAUCCGAGCUUCAGGCGGGAGAUGGCCGAGACGUUCCUUAUAACCAUCGAGGAGGUCCAGCCGCUCCCGCUGUUUGCUUUCGAACUUUUGGAAACGGAACGCCGCGACCCGGACUAUGCAAUACGGGCGCCUGUCGAGCCUUUAAACAGCGGAACAAUCCGGUCAUCGCGCGUGAUCUGGGCCGAUCGCGUCCAAAACCGCUGCGGGGACCUCCUAGACGUGAGCGACGGCGCGCACCCGACGUUUCUGUGGCACCCAGUCGACUUUCUGCACCGCACCGUGCGCGACUUCCUCCGCGACUCGUACUCGGACCAACUAAAACGCGAGCUCGGCUCCGCGUCUGACUUCGACGCGCCGCUGUCGCUGUGCAAGGUGAUGCUGCGGCUGCUCAAGGGCCUCCCCAAGGGCCGCUUUUCGGAGGAGGAGUCGUUCAACCGCGUCGUCCGGCUCGUUGACGAGCUCCUCUACUACGCGCACGAGGUGGAGAAGCGAAGCGGCGGCAACGACGGGGGCAGCAGCAACAGCUAUCCAAAGUCGACCAUGGUCGCCUUGCUGGACGAGGUGGACCGCGUCAACAGCCGCUACGCAAAAUACGCCAGGGUUUCCAGCCACUGGACAAACGUGCGAGACCUGCCUAGGUCCAGGUUCCUCAGCUGGGACGAGUACCACGAGCGCGGCAGGUGCGACUUCAUCGCCCUCGCCAUCCAGGCGCGCCUCACGCGCUACGUCGGCGCCAAGCUCACCUCGUCGCCCGACGAGGGGCGCACGCUCAUGGGCCGCAAGCAGGGGAGGCCGUACCUCGGCUACGCCCUGCGCCCGCUGCGCGUUACGCCCGUCAAGAUGCCGUACCACUCGGUCCGGGACGACGCGCCCGUCGACGUCGUCAUGGUGGCGCUGCUCCUGUCGCCGCCGCUCUCGGCGGACCCGAACCAGCAGGUGUACGUCAACGACGGCCGGACCGUCUGGGCGCUCUUUCUCGUGUCGUGCCUGCAGAUGAACCGGCGCGGCGAGGCGGCGGGCAGUGAGGCCGUCAAGGAGGCCUGGCUCGGCGCGUGCAAGCUGCUCAUCAGGCACGGCGCCCGCGAGGACUGCUUCCGCGUCGGCAACUGGGACAACUUCGACGAGAGCCGCCCGCGGUCCGUCCACGAGGUGUUUGGCGAACUCUUCGGCGCCGAGCAGGCGGGCGUCUUGUCCCGGAUGAUGGAGGAGGAGGCGCAGGCCCGACGCGGGACUGGCUGGUUCUCGAGUUGGGGCCCCUUUGGUUGGGCAGCCCAGGGCUUAGCAUGGAAGGCAGCUUGAGCCCCCUCUCUGCUCCGACGUCCCAAGACUGGCAAAUCAUACCUGUAGGAAUCUGCAAUACUACCAUGUUUAGCAUGGGGAGCCGCCCUUUUUACCCUCCGUAAUACUUUUUAGACCCUAAACCUAAUCUAAAGGA